AUGUCUUCACCAAUCGAACGUCCAUCAAACGAUAAUGAUGAAUAUAGCCGACGCAGAGAAUCACCAUCACAAAAACGUCAAUCUGUUAAUCCAAGUAAUUUUGUCCUUGGACGAUCACAAACACCACCAGGUCGAGUCAAUAAUAGUCAACAAGGUCAGCGACUUACUAAUGGUGGUGUUUUAGAUAAUCAAACAUCAGAUGCUGAUCAUAAUAGAAUUUUACUAAAAAAUUUAGCAGCUGAUUUGAGUAAUUUACUCAAUCGAACAGAUAUCAGUGAUUGUUUUCUCAAUGUUAAAGGUACUUUUAUGGCCGUUCAUAAAUGUAUUCUUGCUGCUCGUUCAAAUGCUUUUGCCGCUGUUAUUUCGGCUAAUUUUAAUCGACUUCCAAUGGAUGAAAGAAAUCGAAUUCAAACAAUGAGUGAUACAGAGAAAUUAACUAUUGUUAUUGAUAAAACAGAUCCAGAAAUAAUGAAAGAAGUUGUUAUUUUUAUGUAUACGGGACAAUGUGCAUUAGAUGAAGGCAAUGCUUACGCUCUACUUGAUGCUGCUGGUCGAUAUGAUAUUAAAUCUUUAAAACUUCAUACUGGUCGUUUUCUUGCAAAUCGUAUUGAUACAAAUAAUGUUUUAAUGUUACUCAAAGCCGCAUAUAGAUACGAUAAUAAAUUAAUCAAACAACGUUGUAUUGAAUAUUUUAUUAAUCAUGCUAAAGAAGUUAUGGCUAUACAUGAAACAUGGAAACGAUUUGCUGAAGAACAACAACCAAUUGUUGCUGAACUUCUUCAUUGGCUUGUUAACAAAGAUUUAUUCUAUAGUGAAAAACCACAAUGGGAAGCAGCUUCACGGUGGUAA